AAAACCUUUAUAUGCAUCUUGACUUUGUUAAUAAUUUUGGGUUUUUUAUGCAUUUCAAAUUAUAAAGGAACUUGUCCUUGCUUUGUCCAUUGAGUCGCUUCGGCCCCAACUCGGAGACCUGGGGUUUGUUGGUGGAUUUGAGAGCGAUUGGGAGGUCUUGGAUACGUGUUUGAAUGCUAGCGGACAUGAGACUUGUGGGUAGUGCUUAAGGGUUUCUAAAGGACCGACGGUUCUUGCCCAAUUUUGGAAGGUUCAGCGGUAUAGCUCUGCUCUUAACUUCUUCAACAUGCACACUUUAUGCAGUUCUGGAGGGGCCGAUAGACGUUACACCAAGUGUGUUGAAGUCCUUUACUGCAUUGCAUUGGUUGCUCUUCUGGGUGGAGUCUCUUAUCUGCUUUCUCAAGGGAUUGAUAUCAGGCCUAACCUUGUUGCCAUACUGGGCCUAACCUUUUUAGACUCUAUCUUCCUUGGUGGUACAAUACUUAGCUUUAAUCUCUCAAGUUACUGGCCUCCAUGUAGGUGUCAGAUUCUAGUUCAUGAAGCAGGCCACCUCCUUGUUUAUCCAAUUGCUGCAAUGCGGAUGGGCAUCAAAGGGCAGGCUGGAACUCAGUUUUGGGAUGAGAAAAUGAGUAAUGAGCUGGCUGAAGGACGAUCUGCCUUUGACAGGUACUGCAUGGUGCCCUUUGCUGGUAUUGCAGCUGAAGCUCUGAUUUAUGGGAAGGCUGAGGCUUUGGAAAGUGGUGGUAGUCUUAGUAUUAUAAUUAAGAGAUUUGAGGAAGCCAUGUCUUCUGGUUGAUGAUGUCCAGAAGUACAUAAACAUGCUCGUUUCUGUGGUGCAAUGGUGCUCAAAAGAUAACUGUUCUACAUGCCCUUAUAGGAAGGUUUAAAUAGCUGGAAUUUUUCCAUUUUCUGUGCUUUUAUAGCUGGACAUGGUGAACUGAGGGCACGGAAGUUCUGAAGCAUUGCUGAGAUUAUCAUUCUCUACUCUAUUCCGAACUAAAUACUAAUUGCAUCUGUCAUCAAUUAUCAGAAAGAUUUUUCUCAAGUGAUAGGUUUCUAACAAGGAGAAUGAAUUAACUUUUUUAAAGUUCCCAAGAUAUAUCUUAACAGGCUACGGUUUGCGGGGGCACAGAGGAAGGAUCAAGUUUUUGUAUUCAGCUUACCCUUUUUGACCUUUGUAGCCUAAAGAGAUGGUUCCUCUUGGUAAUUCUUUGCUGCAUUUAGACUGCAAAUGUGAGCGUAUGUUCUUGGGUUCUCAUCUUUUUUUAAACAUUUUACGAUCAGAGUGCCUUUUUCUCCACCGCUGUUUUGGUUGGAAGAGUGGUAGUUUUGAGCCAUAGCAUCUUGAUUGUACCCCUAAUUAAUUGGAUUCUGGUUUAAGCUUUUGUACCAAUCACUCUGCUCCAUUCUCUGUGAACAAAAACUACAACAGUUU